CCCUGCCAGGGAGGAAAAGAUGGCAACCUAAUAGCCCAUCCCUACUGCUUCAGGCGUUCCCUAAGUCCGGGGCGGAAAGGGUUACCUAACCCAGCCCGGCUUGAACACGACAGCAAAGCCCUUAGAGCAGCCGCGGCGCCUUCCGUUUCCUGCUGGAGCUUCCGGGGAGAGGAAGGGGAGGAGCAGCAGCAGCCCCAUAGUCAGAAGCUGGGGAGAUGCAAAGACGGGUGUGCAGGAGGAAGAACCUGGGCGAACUGUGCGUGAUCCUGGCUUGUGUGCAGCUUUCUGCGACUAGCUCCAUUCCUGCUCGCCUCCCACUUUGCAAUGAAGAAAGCCCCACGCAAGAACCAAGGUGAGCGUUAUCGCUUGAAGUUCCGGCGCCUGCGCCAUGCUGCCAAGGUGCUUGUUUACGAAAACGCAGCUUUGUGCGACGAGAUUGCCAGACUUGAGGCGAAAUACCUGCGUGUACGCGAGGAGCGCCGGUUCCUCCUUGCCCGCCUGCUGCAGGCCCAAGCCCUAGCGGAAGAUGAGCCUCCUGUGCCAGCCGCUGCUGCCGCCUCGCAGCCCUCACCGGAUGAGCCUGCAGCCCGCAAGCCCCGGCGAGAACGCAAAGGCAAGGAGAACGGCCGGGCGUCCAAGCGCAGGGCAGCUCCGGAGCCGGGCACCCGCCGCCUGGUUCCACCCCUCCCCUUGGAUCCUUCCGGCCGCCCGGUUUUCCCCAUCACGCUGGGCUCGCUGACCAUCUACAGCUUGGGUGAGAUUGUCCCUGACCGUCCGGGCUUCCACACGGAGAGUGCCAUCUAUCCGGUGGGGUAUUGCAGCACCAGGAUCUUUGCCAGUGCCCGCAGACCGGUGCACCGCUGCCUCUACACCUGCCAGAUCAAGGACGGCGGGAUGGGGCCACGCUUUGAGAUUGCUCCGGAAGACGAGCCGGGUUGCGUUGUGGCCGGCCCCACCCCGGACGCCUGCCACGCUCAGCUGCUGGAGGCCAUGGGCGCAGCCCAGCUGGAGCCGGCAGGGGCCGAGUUCUUUGGCCUCUCGCACCCAGCCGUCCAGCACCUCAUCCAGAGCUGUCCAGGGGCACGCAAGUGUGCCAGGUACCGCUGGUUCCGUUUUGAGGUGUGCCGCUCAGCAGAUGGGCCGCCACCGGAGGGGUUGCCCCCAGGAAACCCUGGCACAGACUACGAGGCCUUCCAAAGCCGAGGCUUGGCAGGACAUGUGGGCCUGGACUUCCCAGCUGGCACCCCUUCUCCGCCCAGCGGCAACGGCUAUGCAGAGCUCUUUUUGCCGUGUGCUGCUUCGGGAGGGUCCCCCAUUCCUCAGAGCCCAGAUAGUGACACGGACUGAAUCUGGCCCACCUGCCCUCCGUAGAACGGUUCUCUCUGCGCAUGCAGCCUCUGUUACUGCUCUUGAGUUUUCCUGUGACUGGAAAAGCAUUAACAUGUCGUUUGAAAAGCUGGUGUUGCCCGCAGGUAUCAAUUUACAUGGAGGCACAAGAGUGUGUGCUUUAAUGCAGACUCUUGAACUGACAUACUUGAAACAAUUUUGUCAAUUUAUGUUUAGAAGUCAGGAUUUUGCUUUAUUCUACAGUUAAAGCUCUGUUAUGUGUAUGUCCCCAUAUGACCUUAUGUAAAUAACAUUUUUGACCACAUGAAGGCACACUCGCAAGAUAGCUUCACCACAUGAUGACUUUUGUGUAAACUGUGAUGUAAAACUCUCUUUCAAAUGAGAUUCUUUAAUCAUAUGCCCAGGUAAACUGCCAGUAUGCUGUGAAAUUUUCACAGACAAGUAAUGAAUUAAAACUAAGAAUAUUUCAACCUCUUA